AUGAGCGUCCUUCGACCUUUAUCGUGUCUUCUUCCUGAAGGUCCCAAAAUUGCUUUAAUUAUUCUAAACCGCCCUGUCGAUGUGCCACUGCUGAAAAAGUUAUGGAAGAAAAGCCUUUUCACAGCAGUGACGGACGGGGCGGUCAACCAGCUAGAGUUCAGUCUUGGAGACCAGAAAGAGAAAUAUAUACCAAACAUCAUCACGGGAGACUUUGACUCUGCAGAACCUGCUCUCCUAGACUAUUACAAGAACAAGGCUGUAAAUAUUAUCCCGACACCUGAUCAGGAUGAGACUGACUUUACCAAAUGUGUGAGGCUUGUUUAUGAUCAUAUUGAUCAGACUGCAACUGACCACAUUGUGGCUAUUGGAGCAUUCGGAGGACGCAUGGAUCAUUGUUUGGCCAACAUCAACACAUUGUACACAGCCCUGACACUGUCAAAAGCCCCGUUAUAUCUGUUUUCUGAUAAUUCCAUGGCCUGUCUGUUGGACAAGGGUGAACACACACUGCAUUGUGACACAGGACUGGAAGGUGACUGGGUUGGGUUGGUGCCAGUGGGACAGCCAGCCAACCAUGUGACAACCACUGGGUUGAAGUAUAACCUUACCAAUCACAGAAUGGCGUUUGGUGAGUUGAUCAGUACAUCAAAUUCCCUUGCUGACAAGACUGUGAAGGUGACCACAGACCACCCUUUGCUGUGGAUUAUGGGAUAUAAUCUACCUAAAGAAGUAGCACUGGACAAGCCUCUUCACAUAAUGGGAUAA